ACAAUAAGAUGCCUCAUCUACAUGGCCAUGCCCGAGUUACUUUAUUCAGGAUGUUUGUUCUAACCUUUUGAUAGUAUUUUGGCAAUGUCUAAAUUGUUUAAUCUCAAAAUCCGCGCUCUAGUGGGAAUCAUGAUAUUUCUAGGUUAUUUUCUACUUUACAUUGUACGAUACCAUAUUUGUGUUCAUAUUGUGGAUAUGACAAAACUGAAGACAAGACAAUUGAAAUUGAAACAAGCUAAUGAUUCGAAUAUAAGUUAUACCAGAUUUGGAAGCGUCAGAAAAAUUAGUUUUAUGGACACAAUGCUUUGGGACGACAUGAUGAUGGCGCAACUAUUCUCAGCUUAUCAUAUCGGCUAUUGUGUCUGCUUUCCUAUUUUCCAUACUAUCGGAGACAGAUUUAUUAUACUCAGGUUGGGCCCUACGUGGAUAGUUGGCAUCGCUGGGUUUAUUUCCGGUGUCCUGAAUUGCCUCACACCUGCUUCCUCUUAUUACAAUUACUGGUCUUUGUACGUCGUCAGGAUAAUAACAGGAUUUUGUGCGGGUGCUAUGCAGCCAAGCAUGGUGCAGGUGCUGAGACAUUGGGUUCCGCCGAUUGAGCGCAAUUACUUCAUGUGGGCUUACUGUGGUAUUACAAUGGGCACAUGUUUCACGUUCCUGGCAUGUGCUGCUAUCCACUAUUAUUCCACAUGGCCAACGGGAUUCUACACGUUCGGAGCGUUGCAAAUCUUGUGGUCUAUCGUCUGGGUCUUUACUGUUACGGACAACCCUAGCAGGCACACUUUCAUUUCGCUGGCGGAGCUCACGUAUUUAACUAACACGAUUGGAACUAUAUUUACUAUAACGACUACAAAUGCACAAACUCCGUGGAAACUGAUUUUAAAAUCGAAAAGUUUCUGGGCUUUAUGUUGCCUAAACUUUGGCUACGCUUGGAUGAUUAUAUCUUUGUCUCUACAUGGAACAAUAUAUUACUCUGAAGUUAUAGGAUAUAACAUAUACAGCGCAUCAGCACUGACGGGCCUACCAUUUUUUCUGCGUUUGGUGCUUGGAGCUCUCAUCAUACAUGGUUUUCACUGGUACAAAUACAACUCUAAUGUGAGACGUAUAGAGCACAUAAGGAAGUACUUUAUCGUCGUAUCUCACGUGAUUCCGGGGUUACUCAUAAUGUGCACAUGGUUCGUGGUGCAGAUCCCCGGCCCUAUCCUGCUGACGACGGCAGUAGCCCUCACUGCUGCGGGCACUGACCUCACCUUCGAUCUUUGCUACGAGUUGUCGCCAACAUUUGUGAAUUCCCUGCAUACGGUGAUCAAAAUAAUCGGGAACACUCCCGGAAUCAUGGUUUCGUAUCUAGUCGGCCAUGUGGUAACGAAAUAUCAGAACUAUCCAUACGUAUGGAAGAACAUGUGGUGUUUUCACGCCACUGUGCUGUUUGUAGCUGGGAUGGUCUUUCUGAUAUGGGGCGAAACUCAUGUUCAGCCUUGGAAUGCUGUAAACAAUACUCGAAGACCUAUCAAUCGAGUGAAACCAACGGCGUCCAUAAUGUCAAACAUAGUUGAAGUGGAUGAAGACGAUACUUCAAACAGACCCUCUCUUCAGUAUAAAAAUGCCAGCUUCUUUGGUGGUCACAAGUUUCAAACAAAAGAAGUGAAGUUACCAACAAUACAAUAAAUCACGUAUUAAGAUCUAAA